AGACGAAUACAUUAAGCUGUAACUAUAAGCCAGUAAGUUUGCUAUGAUGACGAAACGAUUCUGAGCUUCUUACAGUCUUAGUCGGUUGUGUGGCGUUAAGCCUCUCUGAUUUCGCUACAUGUUUAUUUUGUGAACUGUUAAGCGUACAUCUACUGAACAUUAGAAAUGAACAAAGCUAGUCACUGCUGGCGGUGUGAGGCGCACUGCACCCAACAAUGUUCACGUUGUAGAGUGGCAUUUUAUUGCUCUAAGGAAUGUCAGAAACAGGACAAGUGGCGACAUGAACCUGAUUGCGACGAUGCAGCGUUGAAAAUGAAAUGUUUGGCUUGUGGCGUUGUACACGACGGAAUGAAGAAGUGUGUAAACUGCUUGGAAGCCGUCUACUGCAGCGUCGAAUGUCAACGAAGCCACUGGCCUCGACACAGACCUUCGUGUCAAACUACUGUCGAAAGAGUUUUGAAACUGGUUGAAAAAUUGAAAACGUUUAGUGAGUCGAAAGAGAAGACUCCUGGUCUCGCAGCCACGUAUUACUGGGGCAAUCAGCCGGCCGUGGACAUGAUCAACUUGUCAAUGAAUGAAGGAGAGGAAUAUUCCAACCCGCUCGCUUUGUUAUUGUGUGGAGUCGGCGAUCCCAGAAAUGUUCUGCUGACCAUUGCGUCUUUGCCUGAUGUUUACCAAAAGCAAGUUAUGUUUGUGAUGAACGACAUAUGUCCCUGUACUUUGGCUAGAACAGUACUGCUUCUUUACAUGCUCUAUAAAGGUACGACUCUCUCUAUCGAUUUGCAUUGACUAAUAGCCCUUUCCAUGUUGUCAGAAUACAAACUCUUCGUCAUGCAUUUUUAAAACCAAUCUCGUGAAAUGCAAAUGAAAUCGUUAAAUCAUUUUUCGUUUGGUUAACCCUUGAGGUCAAAGUUAUUUGGAUUGAUUUCAAUAUUAAAAUCUUUUACUUGUUCUUUCUAUUCAAAUUUGUGUUAUGUUUUAGUGUUUGCUCUUGCAGUCGAAUUUAUUACGCUUGCUAUAUGUUCUGUUGCGGUUGUAAUAAAUGCCGAACAAACUAUCAAGUAAUUGGUAAAGUUUUGAAUGCUAUGUCGAGGGUAAUUACGUAUUUUAUUGGCUUUUCUUUUCUGGACUUUGUGAUCGUUCUAUAGAAUUUUCGCUCAACCUUCUUACUCAGUCAAGGGGCAAACUGAGACUUCUCCGUUUCGUCCGCGUUAAAUUGAACUCUUUUGUCCACUUUCGAUUUGAUUGCGUUGCAUCCACUCAAGGCAAUCGUGACAGACGAUAGAUUAGGGAAGACCACCGUUUGACUUGAAAAGCCUCAGGUUAAAAACUCUUGUUCUCUGAUCGCAGGAGGAGAUGAUAUGGCUUCAGCAGUGAUUCAUAUCUGGUACUCGCUUCGUAUCAGUGAACAAGAUUUCACUUCGCUGUUGUUAGCCUUACAAGAGCUUGUGGAUUGUACUGAGCUGCGUACACUCACUGAGGAAUUUAUGGACAUUCCUGAUGACCAGUUGAUCCAGUUGAAAGACGUGUGGAACACGUGGCUGCGCCUAGCACAGCGCGAGGGAUCUUGGGUGACGAAGCUACGACAGGAAGCCAACUCGGGUGAUUUUGGAAGAGAAAAAGGCAUAAAUCACUACAUACACGCUAUUCCCAAAGAGCACAAGAAUUCCACCCGAAGGUAUUUUGAUACCGGUAUUUUUACUUCGAUGAAAAAUACUAAAGAGCUUAAACGCGAGAAUCCCACUUUGACAGGUCGUGGAUUUCAACGGUUUUUUCGGAACUCUGACUUUCACUACAGCCUACCGACCGAUGUACUUCCAUUUACCGGGUGGGAUUACAAUGCAGUCAAGAAAAUCUGUCAUGACAAAUCUAUAACGCGAAUGUACAGCAUCUAUAUAUCGCUUGUUCUUAACAAAUCGAUGGAAAAACUCAGACGAAAUCGCAUUAAAUGUUACUUCAUUCUAUCUGACUUCCUAAAUGUCGAAGCUUUCUUGCCAGCAGAUCUAAGAUAUGAUUGCAUCACCACUUCUAACUUAUGGGACUAUUAUCCACUCACUGUUCUACUGACGAAAUUCAUGGGCAUGCUUAAUACUACCAAUCCUUACGCGGUCAUGUCCACCGAGGCAAUCAACUGGGUCCGAAAUUACAUGCCGGAAGUGAUUCACAUCUUGCCUAAUAUGAUAGGCCUGGAUGACCUCGUCCAGAAAGCUUUGAAAGACACACGAAACCCUGAGCUGGCUAAUUUAUCUGGAAUGUCGGCUGUUGUAGAAUACUUGAACCUAACUCAACAAUUCGUCAUGUUUCUACGCGCGUCUCUCCUCUUUCCUAACACAGAUGAAGAUCUUGCAUCGUUAAAAGGGAAAAAGAAAAUCCCCUCCUUAAAAUCUUUGGUUGCCUCACUUGGACUCCAUCUCCGUGACUUUGUCAAGUGCGAGAACACAGUGUUCCCUUUUAAAUGGGCCCUGAACUGCCGACGCCCGACCAUGUUGAGGGGCUACGAGAGAACAUUGGAAUGGAAACUUCUCUCUGCAGAUGAGGGCAUUGAAAAUUCAAAAGAAUGAAUCGAAAAUUGCCCCCCUUACUUCUUACUGACCCAACAGUAAAAUAGGAGCAUUUAAAUUUUGUUGAAAUAUUCGAACAUGCACGAAUAUAUACUCGAACACUUUCGAAUGUAUUGAAAAGGCUAGGGCCCGCUUUCUUCUCUCUUUUUAAUGUGAAGAAGAAGUAAAUCAAUAAAAAUCAGAAAAACGACCUUUACGAAAUAAACUAACAAAACAAGACAAUAAAAUAAAUACAUAAAUACGACGCGAUAAAAAAACUUACCAAAUGUUGAGGGAAAUAUAGGAAACACGAAACACUCGCACGAAAGGGGUUUAAACAGAACUAAAAGAAAAAAGUAUUUCUAAGGGUUUGAAACGAGAAAUGUGUAGGGCAUAGUAAUUUACAUAGCGCAAAAAUGACACUGAAUAAAUGAAUGCUGAAGUGAAAAAACCAACAGAAUACGCGUAAAUUAGUUGGUACUAAAAUAAAGCCGAGAAAGUGUUAAAGAAAAUCAAGAAAUCAAAAGUUCUCCACAAUACAUGUAUAUAUCAUUCCAUCAUAUGAAAGCAAUAGUAUUUCUUGAUUAAGACUGUACACUGCUGUUAGUGAUGCACAAAAAAUAUAGACUCAUAAAACAUAUGCAUCAAUUACCAACUUCACUGAGUCAGUUUUUCUUGGUCUUGGUCAAAUGUUUUAUCCAGAUUUAAUCCUUCGUUGAACACUGAUGUGUCUCCU